AUGGCUGAGAUCCGCCGAAAGCUCGUCAUUGUCGGCGAUGGUGCUUGUGGUAAAACCUGUUUGUUGAUUGUUUUCUCCAAGGGCACUUUCCCCGAGGUCUACGUCCCCACCGUUUUCGAGAACUACGUCGCCGAUGUCGAGGUCGAUGGCAAGCACGUCGAGCUCGCCCUAUGGGAUACUGCUGGUCAGGAGGAUUACGACCGUCUUCGACCCCUGUCCUACCCCGACUCCCACGUUAUCCUGAUCUGCUUCGCUGUUGACUCUCCCGACUCUCUUGACAACGUCCAGGAGAAGUGGAUCUCUGAGGUCCUGCACUUCUGCCAAGGUCUCCCUAUCAUUCUCGUCGGCUGCAAGAAGGAUUUGCGAUACGACCAGAAGACUAUCGAGGAGCUCCGAAAGACCAGCCAGAAGCCCGUCUCCCCUGAGGAGGGUGAGGAGGUUCGCAAGAAGAUCGCUGCCUAUAAGUACCUUGAGUGCUCAGCCAAGACCAACGAGGGCGUCCGCGAGGUGUUUGAGCACGCUACUCGCGCUGCUCUGCUGUCGCGAAGCACCCGUGGUAGCAAGCACAAGAAGUGCCUUGUUCUGUAA